CUAUAUACAGAUAGUAAGUAUUGAUAAAAAUAAAUGUCAAGUUUUACGUUAUACUAAAGCAACAAAAGAAUAUGCUUAGUAUUUUUAUAAACAUUUUAUUGUCUUUGUAACAAACGAAUAACGACGAUUUAAACGGUGGAGCAAAUUUUUAACAAUUGAAUUGAUCAAGACAUCAAAGACAAACACAUUGGAUCGUUAGUGCACUUGGGUAAAUCACUAUAAUGGAACACUUGUGUCCAGAAAUAAAUCAGUUGGUGUCAUGCUUCAUGUGUGGCUCACAGACAUUGCCGCCGUACCGAUUGUGUGCGGAGGCGCACGUAGGCUGCCCUCCAUGCAUCAAGUACCUAUCGAGAUGUGCUUGUGGUUGCCGUUUCCUCAGGAGAUCGAACAUGACGUUUGAUUGGUUGAUAUCCGCCUUGAAGUUACAAUGUAAAUAUAGGUCUAACUGUGUGUAUGGCGGUCGACGCUUAAUUAUCCCUGGCCAAGUUGACUGCACGAAUAAAUGGUUUUCCGUCCAGGAACUCAGCAAUCAUUACCUAACAGGCUGUAUGAGAAAUUUUUUCACAUGUCCUAUGCAGAACUGUGGUUACGUGGCCCGUGUUGACACCAUAACCGACCACUACGAUAAAAUUCAUGGCCCAUUUGAGUUGCUCAGCCCUAGCGAUUACCACCAAACGUCUAACUGCGUCAUGUUCAAGUUACCGACCAAGAAACAGGUACAAAUUUUAAAAAAGAUUUUCAACGGAUACUUUAUGUUCAGCGUUAAGCCGUAUCGUCGCAUGCACCAGGAUUUUAAAUCACUACUAUCCAUGCAAAAUAUCAAUCCUUCAGAUUCCUUCCAGUAUACAUAUACCGCAUCACUGGAGUCGCACCAGAAUGCGAUUACGGUCACCGUAACAUUGAUGGAGAUAUACAAUUGCCGGCACAUUAUAUAAUAUUAUGUAGGAAUGUAGUUAAUUUAUGUAAAGUGUAUAUUGAA